CUCUCUCCUCCUGCAGCCACCAACAGAUGCCGAGCCUCCUGCCCGUCCCUCGCCACAUUAUUUCUUCUUUUCAUCAUCUUUGCGGUGUCCGGCAUCUUCCACUGCCACCGGCGCCUGGCUCUGGUGCCCGGGCCCUGGGCCUACUCAGCCCGUGUAGUCUUGGUCCCCAAACAUCUUCCCCAGGGGGGAAUGUUCACCAUCAACUCCAAAGGCCGCUUGGGGAACCAGAUGGGUGAGUACGCCACGCUCUAUGCCCUGGCCAAGAUGAACGGGCGCCCGGCCUUCAUCCCUGCCGCCAUGCACAGCAUGCUGGCCCCCAUCUUCAGGAUCAGCCUCCCGGUGCUGCACAGCAUCACGGAACGCAGGGUCCCUUGGCGCCACUACCACCUCAACGACUGGAUGGAAGAGCGUCACCUGCACAUCACCAGCCGCUACGUGCGCUUCAUGGGUUACCCCAGCUCCUGGACUUUCUACCACCACCUGCGCCCCGAGAUCCUGCAGGAGUUCAGCUUGCACAAGCACGUGCGUGAGGAGGCCCAGGGCUUCCUGCGGGGCCUGCGUGUGAACGGGAGCCAGCCCCGCACCUUUGUAGGGGUGCACGUGCGCCGGGGAGACUAUGUGCACGUCAUGCCCAGAGUGUGGAAGGGGGUGGUGGCCGAUCGGGGCUACCUGCAGCAGGCCAUGGAUCGGUUCCGGGCUCGCUAUGAGUCCCCGGUGUUCGUGGUGACCAGCGACGACAUGGUGUGGUGCAGGAAGAACAUGGAGGCGGCCCGUGGGGACGUGGUGUUUGCCGGCAAUGGCAUGGAGGGCUCCCCGGGCAAGGACUUCGCCCGGCUCACCCAGUGCAACCACACCAUCAUCACUGUGGGCACCUUCGGCUUCUGGGCGGCCUACCUGACCGGGGGGGACACCGUCUACCUGGCCAACUUCACCCUGCCCAGCUCCCCCUUCCACGUCAUCUUCAAGCCACAAGCGGCCUUCCUGCCUGAGUGGGUGGGCAUCGCUGCGGACCUCAGACAGGCCCCACACAUAGAACCGUAG